AACAAUCAUACAGUGGAUAUGAUAACAGGAAAGAUUGAGCUAAGACUCAGUACCGAACCUCAGACCUCAACAUAUAUAACAUACGCGCAGUUCUUGAGAUCAAUGUCAUCAUCAUUGGAUGUCGGUGCCGACAAAGAUCAAGUGAUGAAAGAUGCAACAAGUCUGAGAUACUACGAACGAUCCAAUAAGCCACUCGAUCAAAGGAUUGUUGUCCACACUGGUCUGGUCGAGAUCAGGUUUGACUGCGACUACAAUAGACCGAUCGAGCCAGGCACCCUACCUCCAUCACUCAAGCAACUUCAUUUUGGCACGGCCUUUAAUCAGAUGAUCCGGCCCGGUGUCCUACCAAAUACUUUACAAACAUUGUUGUUUAGCUCCAAUUACAACCAACCUUUGACGGUUGGUGUGCUACCAUUAUCCCUGACAUUCCUCAUAUUUGGUUCACAGUUCAAUCAAGAACUGCUGCCAGGUGUUCUGCCUCCAUCACUCAAGAAGCUGAUCCUUGGCAGCCAGUUCAAACGGAAUUUUUUGUGCGAUGUGUUGCCUCACUCCAUAACAAGUCUUUACAUUGGGUCUAUAUUCGAACAGAUUCGGAUUGACGGCCCUUUGCCACAAUCACUCACACUCCUAAGGCUGAGCGAGAGACUGUCCAAUCAACUCACAUCAGACUUACUACCGAGUGGCAUUAUCGAGCUUGAAGUACCAUCAAACUCAUUGUUGAUGGCACCUGGAUCGUUACCAUCAGGCCUAAAGACGAUGAAGUUUGUUGGCUUACACCGCCAGCCAUUGCCAAUUGGUUUACUACCAUCUACAUUGACGUAUCUACGUCUGGGACUGGAGUUCAAUCAACCGAUACCCAUUGGUGCCCUGCCAGAAGGCCUCAAAACUCUCAUCUUUCAAUCAAAGUACAAGACUCACCUUGAGAUAGGCACACUGCCAAACUCAAUCACCGAUCUCAACCUCAUGUACCAAGCGGUCAUCCCGACACAGCUCAUCCCAACGUCUAUUAUAACGCUGACAAUCGGCGAUACUAUCUAUCCCAUUAUAUGCAAUGGUAUCGAUGUCUCACUCCCACACUCAUUGACAUGUCUCACGCUUGGCAACCUUUACAAUAAUGAUAUCACCCCUGGACUGCUGCCUCCAUCCCUCACCCAGCUCUACCUGGGAUCUUCAUUCAACAAACCAAUCGAACCUGGUGUGUUGCCUGGAUCGAUCACCAAUCUAACCCUGGCGUCCACCACCUACACUCACCCCCUCUCAUCAUCCAUCCUGCCAGAGAUGCUACAGCACCUAACAUUCUCAGUGGUUUGUGGCAAACCAGACAAUCGCAUCUUUGAGAUCCAGACUGAUAUGGUGAAGAUCACCAUCUCUUUCACUCGACACAAUCAACCACGUUGUUUCUUCAGGACAUACCAAGACAAGUACUUGCUACGUACAUUGUUCGAAUGGAUAACGGAGGAGCAAUCAUUGGUAUCAUGGAUGUUGUCCGAUGGUACCAGGGAUCAAUGGAUGAAGAUGGUGACAAGUUGUCCAAUCUAUGACAUUUCAAUGAAAGGUCUAAUUGUAUUGCCACACAACAAGCUGCCAUUGAGGAGGUUGACUAUACAAUAUGGCUAUAACCCUACCACCCGGUUCCCCUUUCAAGCCAACAAUCUAGUACAAUGGCUAAUGAAUCACAAGUACGUUGACGAGUUAGGCUUCACAACCUUCUUUAUAAAGGGUUGCCAACAAAUGUCCAUUCGCAAGAUGAACAACACCAUCUCGCCACUCUUUGUAAUCAACAAUCGAUUGGAAGGUGGAUACAUCACUGUGGCCAAACUCGAGAUGCUCCUCAAGGCCAAGCUAAUCAACAAUCAUGUACUCUGUUUA